UGUUGGUUCCUGCAGGAAGAACAACAGACAAAUCAUUUACAGAUGUUUUCCAGCUGUAAACUUUCUGCUUAACUUCACAGAGGCUACAUCCACGUGUUAUAGAGUGUGUCUGGGCAUAGUCCAGCUAUAAUACACACAGAGCUGUUGUAUGAACUUGGACAAUUUAGGAACAGAUUAAACAUAAUAACAUCAAACCAUUCACAAAGUAUGUGUACCAAGUAUGUGCAGGUUAAUCCAUCCAUGGGGAGAGGAACAAGUCAAUAUGAUGUUAAUUAUUAAUGAUGUGCAGCAGUACAGAUUCACUGUUAUCUCUGACGAGCUGUGCUGAAAGGUUUGUUGCUGAGCUCUGAUAAAUUCCAGCAUUGGAGGCGUGUGUCUUUUGUAUCAGGCUCUGACUGAAGUUUGAGCUACAAACAAACUGUUUUCAUUGAAAAGGUCCCUUGUGUUAUGGAAUGAAGUCAGACAGAUCAGUCCUGUAAUAUGGAAAUACGAGACCGUUCAGUGGAAAGGUAACACUGAAGCAGUUAUAGUUGAUGGCAGUCUAAAAUGUCAAAAUGUAAAAUUGAGAUGUAUUGAGAUGAGCUGGACUCAACCAGAUGUUCCUGCUUCCACAUAUACUGCUGUUCAACAUUCUGGCAGCCACCACGAGCCUGGUGUGUCACAGGAUUCCGUCACCGACAUACAACUGACAGCAACGGAACAAGGAGGGGAGGGGGAGGCAGAGGAAGAGUACCCAGCUGAGGAUGAGGAAGCAGCUGACCAUGGCUGCAGAAAAACAAACACAGAGGAGUGUGAUGAGGACGGGCUGGAGGACCUGCCGUCUUCCAUAUGUCGUCGCGGGGCCGUUGGCCGCUGGAGGGGCCCCAUCUCUCGUAAGGCCAGCCAGACCAGCGUAUACCUGCAGGAGUGGGACAUUCCAUAUGAGCAGCUGCAGCUCGGAGAGCUCAUUGGCAAGGGUCGCUGGGGGAAGGUGCACAAGGGUCGCUGGCAUGGUGAAGUGGCCAUUCGCCUGCUGGAGAUUGACGGCAACAACCAGGAUCACCUGAAGCUCUUUAAGAAGGAGGUGAUGAACUACAGGCAGACCAGGCACGAGAACGUUGUCCUGUUCAUGGGCGCCUGCAUGGCUCCCCCCCACCUCGCCAUCAUUACCAGUUUCUGCAAAGGUCUGACUCUAUACUCUGUUGUAAGAGAAAGAGGUCACAUGCUCGACCUCAAUAAAACCAGACAGAUUGCUCAGGAGAUUGUGAAGGGAAUGGGUUAUCUGCACGCCAAAGGAAUCAUUCACAAAGAUCUGAAGUCCAAAAAUGUGUUCUAUGACACAAACAAGGUAGUCAUCACAGACUUUGGCCUGUUUGGGAUGUCUGGAGUGGUACAAGAGGGCAGAAGAAAGAACGUGUUACGGAUACCUCGGGGUUGGCUCUACUACCUGGCUCCAGAGAUUGUUCAAAAAAUGAGUCCAGAGGUUGAUGAGGACCAGCUGCCGUUCUCCGGAGCUGCUGACGUUUAUGCAUUUGGUACAAUCUGGUAUGAGCUGCAGGUCGGAGACUGGCCAAUCACCGACCGGUCUGUGGAAGCUACAAUCUGGCUAGUGGGCAGCAAUGAGGGCAUUAAGAAGGUGCUGGCAGAAGCCAACCUAGGCAAGGAGGUCACGGUGAGUCUUUACAUAGAUCUUAGAAAAACACCCACUAGAGCUAUUAUCAUUAUUAUUGCAGCCGUGCUGUAUCUGUGCCAGAAGCUCCGAGGCCAGCAGAGGCCACUCUUCGUCUUUCUAGCCGCCCUUGCCUUGUCGCCUCACCGCUCCCUCCUGAGGAAAUGCCACAGGGAGCAGGGCUGGGACAGCCACCACCAUCCAAACGCUCAGGACGAGAACUGUGCGUCCUCGCCCAGGUCCAGACGCCAUGGCAACGAGAUGCUGAGGCGCCGCUCUCUACUCUAA